AUGGAUGAUUUUAAAAACCCGGGUCUCAUAUUUGGUUCUAUGCUUUUGUGGUUCUUCGGAAUCAAGAUUGGACAUUGGAAGUGUCAAUUCAUUGGCUCGUUCACUGUCAUGACACUAUUUGGGUCUUUACUGGCGCUCGGUAAUACUGGAAACAUGGCCAUGAUCAUGGUCUUCUGCUUCAUCGUCCAAGGAACGUACGGGUGGGCGCAAACGCUGAGCAUCACGUGGAUUCAGCUGAGCGCCCCACAGACACAGCUGGGUAUCUCAGGUGCACUUGCAGGUGUGGCCCGCUGGACCGGGGGCGCCAUGUCCUCGUCCAUCUACCUCGCUAUCCUUCCCAAUGUUCAAGCUGGGCAAUUCUCACGCCUUGGAACCAACGCCCUCGCUGCUACAGGCGGCUCCGAGACCACCGCCACAAAACUUCUCGCUGCGCUACCGCUCGGCGCAGAGGCAAUAUCGAAGGUGCCCGGAACAACUGAAGCUAUGAUCGCUGCUGCUAGCCCGGCAUAG